AUGGGGAACCCCCUCUCUCCAAUCAUCGCAGAUCUGGUUAUGGAGGACAUACUGGACGAAGCCACAUCAAAAUCCAACCACACCAUUCCAUAUAUCAGAAAAUACGUAGACGAUCUGUUUCUAGUUCUUCGACCCGAACAAGUACAGAGUGUGUUAAACACAUUCAACGAAGUGAACCCGAGCAUCCAAUUCACCGCAGAAAGAGAAGAGGAAAGUCGUCUGCCGUUCCUCGACAUGACACUCGUACGACAACAAGACCAAACAGUGAAGACUGAAUGGUAUAGCAAAAGCAUCGCAUCUGGACGCUUCCUGAACUACUAUUCAGGACACCCUAUGCACCAAAAAAUCAACGUAGCAGAAAAUUUUGCAAGGAGGGUAAUGCUAUUCUCGACCAACUUAGACAUACAGAGCAUCAAAACAACCAUACACCAACAGCUGAAAGCGAACGACUAUCCAACAUGCCUCAUAAACAAAAUUACCAACCGCGCAAAACACCGAGCGAUAGAGAACGAUACAGCUAUGGACGUGAGUACAACACAACAAACAGACACAAAAUUCUACUCUCUCACCAACAUCGAAGGGCUAACACAACAAAUCUAG